AUGGCCAACGUGCUGAACGGAUUGCUUGGCGUCCAGGCGUACUUAGACGAGGCUGUGGUUGCAGAGGAGUGGAAUGACGGCGGGAAGAACCUCAAGGCGGUUCUUCAGGGCUACCAAGAGUACGGCCCUGAAGCGAUGCGGACGUCACCUGGUCAUAAGCACGCCGGUUCAGCGGCCAUCUCGCCAGAAAUUACCCGCACCGCCUCUCCGUCGCAUACCAAUGCUGCGCUCACAGCCGCGCCGCCGGCUUCAUCCCUCGCUAAGGCUAGAACCACCGACGGCUCUGGUCCGGCCUCCCAAACAGACAAGAGGUCAAAGUUUGGGACUAAGCAUAUUUUGAUACUCUGCCUCGCCACUGCAGCCGUUUUCUCCGUGCUGAUCUUCCUCAUCCUACGGCGAGGUCAAGAGGCGAGCCAGCCAAGAGGUACCUGCUCUGACACCGAGGAGCAGCUGUUUGUGAAAACCUCGCUGGGCGAAAUAAAGGGAGCUGCCGUUGAGACUAGCAAUGCCCAGCGCGCGCGCGUCUUCCUCGGCAUUCCCUUCGGCCAAGGCACGACAGGAUCCCGGCGCUUCGACCUCGCCAGUAAGGUCACCAAGCUACGCUCUCCGUUCGUGGCGGUGAAGCAAGGUCCUGCAUGCUUGCAGCCGUCAAUAGACGCCCCGGUACUGAGGUCGGUCACCGUCAUGUCGGACAGCUGCCUCACCCUGAACAUCUGGGCUCCCAGCCGCUGCUCGAUGGAGGAAGGGGAGUCAUUGCCGCUUGGAACUGGCCUCUUCGACUGGAGCAGCAUGGCCAGUCAUGGCCGCGUGGUCGUGGUGUCCCCUAACUUCCGACUCGGGGCGCCCGGCUUCCUGCACCGCAACGGAACCGGCCCGGAGAACGUGGGCGUAGAGGACCUCCUGCUCGCCUGGCGUUGGACCAAGGAGCACAUCGCGUCAUUCGGUGGCAACUCCAGCAACGUGGUGCCGUUGGGUCACUCGAGUGGCGGCUUUGUAUUCUCCGCCUUGCUCGCCAGACCUGAACUGCUGGAUGUGAACCGGUCGGUGAUUCUGGCGCAGAGCAUGUUCACUGUAACUUCGGAUAACAGUGGAGCGAAAGGAGUGCGCAAAACCGAGUACCUAGGGGAACUUUGCUGCGAGAAGUCGUCGUGUGCCGCUAAGCGGACAAUUCCAGGCAAGUUUUAA